AUGACUUUCGUUUAUGGAGACCCUGUGUUAGAGAGACGUGAUCAUGUUUGGGGACGUCUUACGCGUUUCUCAAUGAAUAAAAAUGGUCAGUGGUUUAUGACUGGCGAUUUUAAUGAAAUCACAGGUCAUCAUGAGAAGGAAGGUGGACGAACACGAUCUGAUACUUCAUUUCUUUCAUUUAAUCAAAUGAUAUCAGAUUGUGGAAUGCUAGAAUUUCCAUAUACUGGAGACCAUUUCUCCUGGGUUGGAAAAAGAGUGACUGGAAAAGUCAAAUGUCGACUGGACCGAGCUUUAGGAAAUGAAGACUGGCAUGAAAAAUUCCCACACUCAAAAGUACAAUACUUAAGAAUGUGGGGAUCAGACCAUCGACCAGUAUUAGCUGACAUUUUGUCCAAGCCAACCAGGAAAAAGAAAUCGUUCAAAUUUGAUAAACGGUGGCUGGAAAGUGAAGAGAUACAACAAGUGAUAUUGGAUGGAUGGAACUCUCUUGAUCUUCCUCCGAAUGCAGACAUUAUGGAUCGAAUCUCCAGCUGUAGGAGAGCUUUAGGAAAAUGGAAAAGGGAGAGAGAUCUCAAUUCUUCAAAAUUGAUCGAGGAUCUUAAGUCUAAGGUCGAUAAUCUUAAUACAGAUGACACUGCCACGAAAGAAGAAUUAGGAGAAGCUAUCAAAGAACUGACAGCAGCUCUUAAAGCAGAAGAGCAGUUCUGGAAGCAAAAAAGCAGAGUCCUAUGGCUCCUGGAAGGGGAUUUAAACACAAAAUUCUUUCAUGCUGUUACAAAACAGAGGAGAGCCAGGAAUAAGAUUAUAAAGCUGAAAGAUCCUGCAGGAAAUAUUGUGGAGGAGGAAGAGAAACUUGUAGCCGUUGCAACAAGUUACUUCAGAGAGUUGUUUACAUCUUCUAAUCCUGAGCUAAUCGAAGAGGCUCUAGCGACUGUGAGCACGUCCAUUACUGAUCGGAUAAACACUGACCUUACGUUGGCCGUUACGGAAUUUGAAGUCAAAGCAGCACUCUUUGCGAUGCACCCAGAAAAGGCCCCAGGACCAGAUGGUUUCACUGCACUGUUCUAUCAAAAAAUUUGGGAUGUUGUUAAGACUGACUUAACCCGUAUGGUUAAUGAGUUUCUAUUUGAAGGAAAAAUGGCCAAUGGACUUAAUGAUGCAAAUAUAUGUCUGAUUCCUAAGAAAGAGAACCCUGAUGAGAUGUCCCAUUUCAGACCAAUUAGUCUAUGUAAUGUUAGCUACAAGAUAAUAUCAAAGGUCCUAUGCCAACGAAUGAAGAAAAUAUUGCCGGAUAGGAUAUCUGAAACCCAGUCAGCCUUUGUUGCUGGAAGACAGAUAACCGAUAAUGUACUGAUAGCACAAGAAAUGUUUCAUGCCCUGCGUACAAAUCCUGGCAGUAGGGAGAAGAGAAUGGCUAUAAAAACGGACAUGAGCAAGGCUUAUGAUAGGUUAGAAUGGGACUUCAUAAAUGCGGUGAUGAAAAAGAUGGGUUUCGCUGAUAUCUGGAUUGAAUGGAUAAUGAGAUGUGUAUCAUCGGUGAAAUACCAUGUCCUAUUCAAUGGUCAACCAAGGGGUAAUAUAACCCCACAUAGGGGUUUGAGACAAGGAGAUCCUAUGUCUCCUUUCAUCUUCAUUUUAUGCACGGAAGCGCUCGCGGAGCCCCGUGAAUGUGAUGAAGUAAUGAGAGCACUAACAACAUAUGGAAAAGCCUCUGGACAAUGUAUUAACUUUGACAAAUCAUCCUUACUCUUUGGUAAGAGAGUACCUGGCCAUGUGAAGGAUGAGAUAAAAGGGAGAACAGGGAUCAUAAACGAGGGUGGAAUGGGAACAUAUCUCGGCAUCCCUGAGGACAUCAGUGGAUCAAAAGUAAGGCUCUUUGCCUACUUGAAGGAACGCCUGCAGAUUCGCGUCAACAGCUGGACAGGAAGAAUGCUCUCUAGAGGUGGGAAAGAGGUGCUCAUAAAAUCGAUAUUACUGGCAUUGCCCACGUAUGUGAUGUCUACACUGCUUCUACCAUUGGAGACUUGCGAAAACUUAGUUAGUGCCAUUGCACAGUUCUGGUGGAGUUCAAACCCGCCGAAAAGGGCGAUACACUGGGUCAAAUGGGAAAAAGUAUGUAAGCCCAGAGAAGAAGGAGGUAUAGGAUUCAGACUCAUCCACGAAUUCAACCUAGCAUUACUUGGGAAGCAGUUAUGGCGUCUAGUACAAUUCCCGGAUUCAUUACUGGCUAGAGUCUUGAGGGGAAGAUAUUUCAGAUGUAGUACGCCUUUGCGUCUAAACAAAACGUCAAAUCCCUCAUAUGGAUGGACGAGUAUCAUGGCUGCCAAGGAAUUGAUACUGAUGGGUAUCAGACAGAAAGUCCAUUCUGGGAAUGAGAUCAGGGCAUGGGAGGAUCCUUGGAUCCCAACGAUCCCAUCUAGGCCGGCCAGAACCUGUGCUCCAGUUGUACAUCCAUUGAUGGCAGUAAGUGAGCUCAUGACGGGCAAUCCGAGGUGCUGGGAUGCAGAGAAACUAGAACAAUAUGUUCAAAGGGAGGAUAUUGAGCUGAUAACAUCAUUGGCCGUAAGCCAAGACUUUUCUCGUGAUGAAUAUUGCCGGAGUUAUACGAAGAACGGAAUGUACACGGUCAAAUCUGGUUAUUGGGUAGCAACUAAUUUGCUUAGAGAAAACAUCUCGGAGCCUGAGCCAAGUAUCUUAAAACUCCAAGCCUUUGCUUGGAAGAUAAAGGCUCCACAGAAGAUCAAACAUUUCAUAUGGCAAGCUAUAUCUGGACAACUAGCUGUUACUAGUAACCUAAUCCAUCGUCAUAUGCGAUGUGAUAAUCAUUGUCCUAGAUGUGGAGCUGAGGAUGAAACCAUUAAUCAUGCAUUAUUUGAAUGUCCCCCAGCGAUUCAAACUUGGGCACAUGCUGCGACUCCUACUCCUCCAGCUAAUUUUCCCAGUGCUAGUCAUUUCUCGAAUAUUGAUUAUCUAUUUUGGAGAAAGAAUGACAUUGAAGACCCGGAGCUCGAUAAGGACCCAUACCCAUGGAUCCUAUGGUUUAUAUGGAAAGUAAGAAAUGAGAAGCUAUUCAGAGGAAUAGACAGGGACCCCUUGGAAACUGCAAGACAUGCGGAAUCGGAAUGUCAUGCUUGGUUUGCUGCAAACCGGAAGGAAGAAGUAAUGAGACUGCCAGAAAAUACAGCUCCUCCUAUAGAGACUGAAAUAUGCUUGAUUGAUGGCUCCUGGACACAUAAUGCAUUCUUCAGUGGUUAUGGAUGGACAUGGAAGAAUACGGGUGGAGGAAUCCAGCUACUGGGUGCAAGGAAUAAACCUCGAAGAAUAUCAGCUUUACAUUCGGAACUUGAAGCGUUAGUAUGGGCGAUGGAAUGUAUGCUGCAAGUGUCGAACUGUCAGCUCUUUGGAACUGACUGCAAGGAUUUGAUAGCAAUGAUCAAGGACCCUGGAGCAUGGCCGAACUUCUCAACUGAACUGAAAGAGCUUCUCAAGUUGAAGAGCAGAUUCUCGGAGUUUUCAAUAGUUUAUAUUUCACGCAAUGAGAAUGUAUCUUCUGAUUCAUUAGCUAAGAUAGCAAGAUCUUUCCAUAGGAACUUGUAUUACAUUGGUUGUUCUAUUCUGGUCUGGUUCCCCAGACCACCUCAAGCCUGA